GCUUUUGACUCUGUGUCUCAUUUGUCAAUGAUGGAUAAGCUAUACGCGGCGGGCAUCAGAGGCUCUUUGCUUAAAUGGUUUGGAAGUUACCUGCAUGACAGGAAGCAGCGAGUAGUACUUGACGGCAAAUGUUCCGAAUGGCUUGAUGUCACCAGUGGGGUUCCACAAGGCUCUAUUUUGGGGCCAGCUCUUUCUGUUCUGUUCAUUAAUGACAUGCCUGAUGUUAUUUCAGAAUCAGGAACGCUCGCAUUGUUUGCUGAUGAUGCGAAGUGUCUACGUACAAUCAAUUCAGACGCCGAUUGCGUGGCUUUACAAAGGGACUUGAAUAAUUUAACUACUUGGAGUGCAGAAUGGAAAUUACCAUUUAACAUUGACAAGUGUACCAUCUCUACAGUAACAACGAAACGCAACCCUGUUUCUUUUAUUUAUGAAAUAGCUAAUUGCGUUAUCAAGAGAGUAAACGAACAGAGAGAUCUUGGAGUCCAUAUAACUAGUAAUGCUACAUUUAAUGAACAUAUAUAUAUAUAUAUUCAGAUAAAUAAAGCGAACAAGAUGCUGGGCUUUAUUAGACGUACAGUUUUGAGGGAAAAGUGCUUAUUACCUACAAUGAAAUUACUGUACUGCGCACUGGUAAGGAGUAACUUAGAGUAUGCUUCUGAGGUUUGGAGCCCAAAAUCAAUCACAUUAAUUAAGAAAAUCGAAAGGGUUCAACGCCGAGCAACACGGAUCUUGUUGCCUGAAUUGGAAUAUGUGGAACGUCUCCAACAGUUUGAUGUUCCUCCUCUUUUACACCGUCGAGAGUUGAAGGAUUUAACCACCUUUUACAGGAUGAAACAAGGUUUAUAUAACUGUAAUGUUGACUCCUACGUUGAAUUCUGCUCAGACACAAGAUUACGAUCAACUGCCCAGGGGAAAUUGAAAACCCCUAAAUGCAGAUCAGAACAUUUUAGGGCAACUUAUUUUAAUAGAAUAACGUAUUUAUGGAAUAAUCUACCUGAACAAAUUCGAACUUUCAAUGGUAGUGUGGCCAUAUUUAAGCGUUCUUGUAGAGAGUAUUACAAAACUAUACCGUAUGAUCCUGACCGACCUCGCGUUACUUGGGAUCCAUGA